UCCUCUAUUCCACAGCCAUCUGGAAGCUGUCAGAAUUGUAAAUGCACUACAACUAUGAAGAAUUCUGCAGAAAUAACUUGUGAACCAAUAGUGUGCAAUACAGACUGUCAGAUGGGGUAUAGUUUCAAAGAAAUAGAUGGACAGUGUUGUGGGAAGUGUGUUCAGGAAUUCUGUGUUCUAAAUAACACUGUACCAAUUAAGCCUGGAAAUCUCUGGUACCCUCCUGGAGACAACUGCACAAGUUAUGGUUGUGAACCAGACACAUUUAUAGUUGUAAAAAGUGUCAUGUCAUGCCCACAGCAAAAGCCUAUAAACUGUGACAAGGGUAUAUUGGUUAAUUUUACAAGCACUGAUGGAUGUUGUACAAUCCAGUUCUGUGAGCCACGCAAGUGUGAUGUAAUGACAUCAUGGAAACUCAUUGAAAGUGGUGGUUGUAGGGCCAAUGUGACUCUUACUAACUGUGGAGGUUACUGCAGUUCUAUUUCUAGACAUCCCAACUUCCCAAAAAUGAAGGCACAUGACUGCACCUGCUGUCAGGCUACCAAAACCACCAAGAAGAAAAUUCAACUUGAUUGUAAUAAUGGAAGGAAGAUUAGUUAUACUUUCACUGAUAUCCUGCAAUGCUCCUGUAGGAGCGCAGCUUGUGUGUUCACAGAAUGAACUGCCAGUAUGUAAAAAGCAUCCUUGGUUAAUGG